AUGCGCCAGCUUCAAUGGAAGCGAGUACCCUGGAAGCAAGAAAUGCUUACUGCACUCGAUGCUGGUAUAGAAAAGCUGAAAGCUUAUUAUAAUGAUACACAGGAGAUCCAUGGGACUGUGAAGAAGAAACCAUGUGAUUUCUGGAAAGAGAUGGAGGAUAAGUAUCCUACACUUGCUAGAGUCGCUUGGGAUAUUUUCUCAAUUCCUGCUACAGGUGCAGGAGUUGAACGACUCUUCAACUCCGCUCGAGAUAUCUGCUACUAUCAACGAGGAUCUCUGAACUCUACUACAAUUCAGGAUCUAAUGAUGUUCCAGUGUAUUUCCAAGUUCAAUAUCAAAGUGGAGGAUGAUAGGGAGGAUAUUAAUAUUCCACUAGAAGAUCGACAGCAAAAAGAUGAGGCUCGAGAGGCUGAGCUUCAAGACAUUGUACCUGAUCCUAUUAGUGAUCAUGAAGAAAGUGAUAGUGAGGAAAAUGAUGGCGAGGAAAAUAAUGGCGAGGAAGUGAUUCAGCUAACUGAAGUAGUAGAGGAGGCAACAACAGUUUCUAACCCUACUACGAUAAAUAAGAAGAGCAACGCGUUACCACAACCCAGUAAGCGUGCACUCAGAAAGAGAAGGAUAAUCUUAGUAGAGGAACACACCGACGAUGAAGCACUUCUAGGAACCAGCAAUUGA